AUGAAGAUGCACUUCAGCAUCCCAGUGUCCCAGCAGCGGCUGGAUACACUGGGGGGUCGCUACAUGCUGUACUCGGUGUACCUGGAAGGGUUCCUCUUCUGCAAGGUGCGCUACAGCCAACUGCAUCGCUGGAACGAGCAGCUGAGAAGGGUCUUUGGGAAUCGCCUGCCGCCUUUUCCACCAAAGUAUUACCUUGCAAUGACCACAUCUAUGGCUGAUGAGAGGAGGGAUCAGCUGGAACAGUAUCUACAAAGUGUUCCCACGGAUCCGGACAUCUUGAGAAGUGAAGUCUUCAUCCGCUUUUUUACAACACUCCAGCAGGACACAUUUAAAAUCACCACCAAGAAAGUCUUUCUGGAUGUAUUUCUGCCCGAUGGAAGGAGUAUCAGAAUUGAAAUUCUAACCUCCGACACCGCGGAAAGGGUCCUAGAGAUUGUAUCAUACAAGACAGGACUGUCUCGGGAGCUUAUUGGGCAUUUCAGCUUGUUCCUGAUCCAGUUCCAUAGUGAUGGUGCCUUAUCUGUAAUGAAAAAAAUGGCAGAAUUUGAACUCCCAUAUGUGAGUCUUCAAAGUACGGAAGUGGAAAACUGUAAGGUUGGACUUCGAAAAUGGUAUAUGGAUCCAUCCCUUGACUCCAUGCUUAUGGACUGCCGAACUGCUGUCAAUCUGCUGUACGGCCAGGCAGUUCAGGAAAUUGAAAAAAACUGGGCCAAACCAACACCGGAGCAAAGGCAGGAAUUAGAGGCCUUGAGGAAAGCAGGAAACCAGACAAAGUUUUUGGAGCUGGUCCAGCAGGUGCAUCACUACGGAUAUGUGCAGCUCGAUCCCUGUACCUGUGAUUACCCAGAACCUGGCUGUGUGGCUGCUGUGUCAGUAGGCGGCCAUGUGAUCAGCUGCUGCAUAAAGCUGCCUGGCAAUCAGACGCAAGAGGUUAACUUCAAGAUGUGUCGGAUAAAGUCCUGGCAGGUCACCUUCCUUGGAUCUUUGCUGGAGGAAGAAGAUGGUCCCCAGCAAACCCUCAAUCAGAACCUGGAGCUCAGGUUUCAGUACAGUGACGGCAACAACAGUUGGCGGUGGUUCACCAUUUACACCAAACAGGCUUUUUUGCUGAGUAGCUGCCUGAAAAAGAUGAUAUCGGAGAAACUGAUGAAGCUAGCUGCAGAAAACCCAGAAAUGCAGAUUGAAGUCCCCCUGGAACAAGGCAAAAGUAAGAAAUCCUACCAUCAACAAAGCCAGAUAAACUGUUUUGAUUUUCCAACAAGAAAAAGCAAGAUUUCAGUUAAGUCAACUGAAGAGGACUGUGUGUUUGAGACUAUAAGGGAAGAAGAUCUUUGAAGAAGAAGA